AUGUCAGCCAAACGACUAAAGACAACGGCAGAUACUCUCAUCAACAGCAGUAGUAAUAGCAAUAGAUGGACGGCCCACACGCGACAAUGUUUCGUUCGCAGUCUAACCACGCAAACAACAACCACUUCACCUAAUGCAACCAUCGCGCAAGCCUACGCGGAUGCCCAGCUCGCCUCUACCUCAACAGCCGCCACGCUACAAGACCGCCCAACCAUCCCACCACCACCAUCAAAACUCCCCCAACCAACCAGAUUCCACCCCCAACAACAAAAAAACCCCUUCGCCCGCACAGCCACCCUAACCACCCACGCCUUCCCCUCCCUCGAACCCACCUCCCUCGCCACCUACCCGUCGACACACCUCCUCCUCCCCCUCCGAAAAGACAUCCUCCACCGCGCCAUCGUCUACGAAGGCGACGCCACCCGCCAAGGCACCGCCAACACCAAAACCCGCUACGAGAUCCACGGCUCCAACCGCAAAGUCCGACCGCAAAAGGGCACGGGUUCCGCGCGCUUAGGGGACAAGAAAAGUCCCAUGCUAAGAGGAGGCGGGGUGGCUUUUGGACCGCGGCCGAGGGAUUUCAGUACGAGGUUGCAGAGGAAGGUGUAUGAUUUGGCGUGGCGCACGGCGCUGAGUUGGCGGUAUAAGCAGGGGGAAUUGAUCUGCGUGGAGGAUCUUGCCGAGUUAACGGACGUGCAUGAAAAUAGUGCGGACCGCUACCUCCGGGACUUCCUCACGCAUAAUAAACUAGGCCACCAGCACGGCCGUACACUCUUCAUCACACUGGAGCGACGAGAGAUGCUGUUCGCGGCUUUCGAGGCGGAGGGUAUGGGACGCGAGGGCCGGGCGUUGGAGGUGGUGGAGGUGGAUGUGAAGGAUUUGUUGGAGAUGGGGAGGGUGGUGGUGGAAAGGGAUGCGUUGGAGUGGAUGUUUGUGGAGCAUGAGGGGGAUUUGGGGGCGGGGGAGCAGUUGGUGCAGUGGGAGAAGGGGAGGGGGAGGACAGUGGGGGGGAAGAGGGUGGGGAGGGAGAAGGUGGUGGGUGGGGCUGGGGAUGUAUAG